UGUCAAAUUUUACAUCACAGAAAAUUCAUCUAACUUUUUAUUUAACUGCGAUUUAAUUUGACUCUUAUUAACGAAUCAUAGUGAAUUAAAUUGAUGUCUAGUGCUGGUAAGGAUCCAUGCAAACCUUUCGCCUGCGCUAUACAAGCUUGCUUAAAGGAACACAAUUUUCAGGAACAUAAAUGCAGUGAGGCACUCGAGCGAAUGCGUCUGUGCUGUGUAAAGUGGCAUAAGGAGUCGAUUUGUUGUAGCGGUAUUGAUUUGGAAAAAUCAUACUUACCAAAGCCGAAAACAGAAAGCAAUCCAAAGUGAUCAUCAGCGCCACCGUAUAAGCCGCCUAAAGAUAUUCAGGAAUUGUUAGAUAAAAAACAAGAAACGUAUUUAAGAAGGCGAACAGCUGUGCUACC